CCCAGCCAGCGAAUUAAGUCUCCAGCAGUCCAGUCAAGUGCUGCUGAGAGAGGUGUGAAAGGAAAAAAAGGUCACAGAACUAACAAUUGUGUUGAGAGUUGCGGCGGCGCAGGGUUGUGUGGUGUCUUAGUCCCUCCGACAAGUGUUGUUUGUUGCUUGUGUACAAGACGUAUAUUAUCGUGCUACUGUUGUUGCAAACGAAACGAAUUGGGGUUCAGUGGGUUAUGCUAUGACCCCAGAGAUUCGCUAGAGGCAGCGAGUGGGUGAGAAGAGAAGACCACGUGUGUAUGGGGAGCCGUUAUUUCGCACAGAUGACUACAGCAGUGGUGCGACCCCUACCUAGGUGUGUGCAUUAUGAGGUCUUAGAAGUGAGGAGUGUAAUGUAACGCGUGGAAUGUGCAAUCGUCAAUUACGCGGGCGUGAGAACCUAAAAAGAGUGGUGGUUUCGAGAUCCUGCCGCAGUCAGUAGCAGAACAGCAUUAAGAUACGCGAGCUGCAACGAAACGUAUCUCCAAUGAACGAAGCAAGUUUGGUACCCGGAAAGAAAGAACCGAAACGAAAGUGCAAAUCAAGUGCCGUGCAAACGAAGCUUUAGGUGAAGAACGAAGAUAUCUCAUUUAGUGCAAAGUGUGUAUGUGUGCAAAGCAUUACAAAAAGUCUGAAUCAAAAGCAACGAAUCAUACAAAUCAAAUCCAACAGAAAUAGAAGAAAAUGUAUCCACCGAUUUUAGUGUUAGUUUUAGCUUUAGUGACCUUCUCGAAGCAGACGCUCUCAGUAGAGACGCUGCUCCAACUGGACUCCAUUGACGACGGUGAUGGCGAUGUGGGAGUCGGUGGAGGGGGAGGAGAUAUUUCUAGUCCACUGUACGAAGACGAAAGUUACGGUCCGGAUCCGGAAGAGGACCGUAACCUCAACAAUUACCAACAGCCAGCAGUUCUGCUGGACGACGUGUACUAUAAAGUGACGCCCGUGUCGGGUGAAGAAAGUGACAAAACCUCUGUGAGUUCUACGACCACUACCCUUAGUACUCCUCAUGAGUCUAGUGAAGAACAACUUUUGCCGACAGAGCGCAGUGCAAGUAUGACGGGAAGCAAUAGCUCCGAAGAUCACAUAACCGACAGUGAUGGCAAAGUCAGUGUCGCGCAGCCGUUCAUAAGCGAUGGCCUACAGGAGCCAACGUCGAACCGAAGCCGCAGUUUGGAUCAUGAUACCGCCGAUUCUCUGCAGUCUUCGACGGUGCUGGAAACUAGUCUAGCUAGCAACUUCUUGUACACCAGCAGCCUUUACAAUGACAGCUACCACUAUCAUCCGGACAGUACGGAUGAUAGCAUUUCCGAGCGGACUUCUGACGACCCAUUGGACAGCGUUGAAGAGGACCCGCAGUCCCUAGCGACCACGACGGCCAUAUCACCCCUGGCCAUUCCGGAUGACGUAUCCGGACCGGUCAUUACGCCCACGAAGCCCCAUUUUGAUGAAAGCAAAAUCUCCAAGAGCGAGCUGCUGGCACGGAUGAUUGCGGACAAAAACCUACGGUUGCCGAUUGCCAUCCUGAUGGACACCUGUAACGAAUCGCUCAGUUAUUCGAAGAAGGUCUUCGACGCGUCGCUCGUGCCGAGGAGUCCCCUGGAAGCGAUCUUGAUGCGGUAUAAUAGCACCGGCAUCGCCAAGUCAACCAGCUUCCGGAACACUAAAUCGCUCAUGGAUGCCAUCAACUCACUGCAGCCGUCGUACGAAAACAGUGGCCGAGCAUACUAUGGUAUACUGCGGACCUCCCAGGAAAUUCCCUACGACAGUGCCAUAUUCCUGGCGACAUCAAAUACUGCCACCGACAAGGAACUUUCCCGUAUGGCAGCCUUGACGUUACUCAAGAAACGAAUUCGGCUCUACGUGAUCUGGUUCGGUGACGAUGUGGAUACCACCCUGUCAGAUCAACACUUGGACAGUCAAACCGGACUUCACGAACUGGCCUACAAAACCGGAGGCCGCGUUAUUCGAUUCGAAAUCGAUCGGCAUUUCGGCAACAACCCCGUACUGACCACCCUUGUGUCGGAGAGCGACCUCCACGGGCACCAGAGCAUCCCGAUCACGGUCGAGGAAGACAUCAACAGUUUGUACUUCAAGCUACACGGAACACUGGACACGGCCACGCUGAGAACGCCAAAUGGUUACAUAAUCGACCUGCUGCACAAUACCGUAUCUCAGGACAUCAACGGAGUGGAACCCCUACCCACAAAACCUUCUCCCAUUCCUAAACCAUUCAUCAUAGCCAAAAAUCGUUCCACCGAAGUCUACCACGAUCAUCACAACCAGCCCACACCGCAAGUACAAGAUUAUCUCUUCAUUGUCAGUCGGGUUAACACAACCACUGCCGGAGUAUACUAUCUAAACGUUUCGGCGAAGGACACCCCGGCCACUUCCACUCAGGCCUUAUCAUCGGAACAAGACUCCAACAACACCACCACCAGCAGCAGCAGCAAUGGUUCAUUCAGCGUGAUUGUCAAGGCAGAUUACGACAUGCGGCACGGGAUCGAAUUUCUAGAACUCGGCGAUGCGGAGAUGGAGCGACGCUUCGACGAUCCCAGCAAUGACGUGGACUUUGUCCCGUCCAGCAGAGCCAGCGGCAGCAGUACAAACAGCGAAGGUCGACAUUCGCUAUCGGCCCGAAAACAGACUCGCCAGACCGAGUCGCAAAUUUUGGCCGAAAGUGAGGAAAGUGGGUUCAUCGGCCGAGCCACGGCCACCCAAUCCGUGACCAAGAUCGAUUUGGGGCUCAACUCCCAGCUGACGGGGACACGCGGGACGACCAUUACGGUGGUCUUCGAAGUAACCAACUUCCGUCAGACGCCGGUUUUCUACUACUUCCGAGUGACGGACGAACUGGGAUUCCUGCGGUCGCUUUAUCCGGGAUCGGCAACGAUCGGACCACUUCAAACGAUAAACGUCGCGGUUUCGCUGAUCAUCGGUUUGAACGUGGAGAUCGGAACGCGAGAUAAGAUCACCUUCAGCACUGAAGGUCCGGAUCGCAUAUCGCACGCAGCUUGGGUCACGGUUACGGAAGCGGCCGGAAUUCCGGAUGCCUAUCUGCCGUCGGUAUGGUAUACGUACACCAGUCGAUGCGAGGGUCGGAACGACCCAGGGCGCUGUGCCGGAGCUUUCUGGACCGUGGACGUGACGGCGAGAGACUACGAGACAGGGCUGCUGAAAAUCGGAUCCAAUCCACCGGGAUUGAUCUACCGGACUCCGUUCACGGCGGGUACGAAGGACGAAGUGAAGGGAACGUACACGGCGUCCUGCUGUCAACCGAUGGUCACCAUUUCGGCGUAUGAUGUCACACGGAAUGUGAGAACCAUCAACCUGGACGUCAGGGAUAUCUGGCUGAACGAAGCUGGCAUCGCAGCGGUUGUGUUGGGAGUUCUCCUGUUGAUUGCGUUGAUCAUUCUGCUGGUGCUGCUCUGUCGGUACUGCAUCAGGAAGCGUCGCUCCAAGGAGUUGCCGAUUUACCGGGGGGAAGUGAGAGAAAGACGGUAGAUGAUUUUUGUCUUCAGGGAUUGUUUUUUUUUUUGCAGAGCAAGUAUGACCUCAUGACGAUGCCAUUUCGAAUGAUAGAUUUUUAAAGUUUUUCUUUUCUCGAUUUGUGUUAAUUUUAAACGACGUAGGUACCGACCUAGGUCGAGAACAAAAUUAAACAGUAUUUGUAUAACAAUAGACUAUAAGGAAGCCGAGUAUACCAAAUGUAGGUUGUAAAUAACAUUUUUCUAUGUUUAACUUUUAAAGCAUAAUGUAAAAAUUA